AUGAACACACUCGUCAAUGAUUUCAUGGCAGUAACGGGCACCAAUCGGUCCAUGGCCACCAAGUACUUAAAGGACAAUAACAAUCAUUUACAAGAUGCCAUCAAUGACUAUUUAAAUAGAAAACAAGAUCCCAAAUUGAUCAAAGUCUUUGAGAAGUACUGUGAAUCGGAUAUGAGUACCAUUGAAGUUAAUGGGACUAUGAAUUACUUAGAAGAUUUGGGUAUCGAACCCGAAGAUAUUCGAAGUCUUAUUUUAAGUUAUUUCCUUGAUAGUUCCAGUAUGGGAGUAUUCCAAAGGGAGAAAUUCUUGAAUAACUGGAAUAAAGAGAAGAUCAAUAACAUCACCGAUAUGAAGACAUUUAUAGAUAAGUUACAUGACCAGUAUAAGGAUUUAGAGAGGUUUCAGGAGAUUUAUGAGUUUGUGUUUGGGUUCUUACUUGAACAACCUAAUCAAAAAUUGAUCAAUUAUGAGAUAAUCAUUGACUACUGGAAGUUGAUGUUUGAGUUUCUUGAGUUACCUGAUAAGGUAAAUGCCCGGAUAAGUCAAUGGUAUGAAUUUAUAGAGAGUCAGGGGAAGCAUUUGAAUAGGGAUACAUAUGUUAUGUGGUAUGAGUUUGUUAAGGAGGUGAUAAUGGAGGAUGCAGAGGGAUUAGGGGGAUAUGAUGAGAUGAGUAGUUGGCCAAGUAUGGUAGAUGAGUAUGUGGAGUAUUUGGCAAUAGAUCAAUAG